AUGAAUAAAUUUCCACACGACCCUAUUUUCGUCAACCUGCUCCGGCUCAGGCAGUCGGUGCAGGGAGUCUUAAUCCAUGACGAUUAUGGCAUUGAUGCAAGCCCCACCGACUUACUCAAUGAUAUUAGUCGUCUGCGCGACACACUGCGCACAGAGCUCUCCGCUGACUGUUACGACGCCAGGGGCUUGUUACGGCCUGACACUGGUUUCAUCGCGACCAUCUCACUAAGCGGAUAUUACUUUCUGGUGGCAUUCUUUGCGAUAGCCGCGCUGGGGGGAACAUGUGUACCACUGCCAACUAAGGCCGCACCCGAAGAGACUCUCAGACUCUUGAACACGGCCAAUGUGACAUUUAUUCUGAACGAUCCCAACACCAUUCAACAGGUUGCUGUUAUCAAAGAACAUGCAAGUAACAUCAAGACAAUCCAGAUUGAACGGAACUCAGGAUGCGAGUCCGCCUCCGGUUUCGAUUUCGAAGUGGAUGAGAAGCUGUCGAUUGAUCCACUCCAAUCAUGUUUGGUCAGUCAGACCUCCGGGAGCAGCACCGGCCGUCCCAAAUGUGUUGUUGUUCCUCGCCGAACUUUCUUUUUCUCCGGCAUCGCAGACUCUGACCGUCAGUUCCUGGCUUUCCGCCCUGUUCACUGGAUGGGUGGCGCAUCCGGGCUCCUUGCGCGGGUCCUGCGUGGCACGAAGAUUCACUGGCCACGGCGCUCAUUCGACACAGCUACGUUCUGGGAGAUCUUCAAGCUGGGUACUGUUACAGAUGUGUCUCUCUCUUCUUCGAUGUUCAAAAGCCUAGAGGACUAUUAUCGAGUAAAAAUCUGCGAGCUUCCUGCUGAUGAGCGCGAGGCAUAUGUGUCCGGGGUGAAAAAGAUCCGGAAUGCCACGAUUAGCGGCUCAGCUAUGAACCCGGACACGGCCCAGUUCUGGAUCGACCUCACGGGGAUGAAGAUCAGGAACGUUUAUGGAUCGAGUGAACUUGGUGGAAUGGCACUAGCGUCUGAUGUUGAUGCGCAAUAUGUUGAUAGGUGCAUUGGAAUGCCUGCUCCUGGGGUAGAGAUAAAGCUAUCAAAUGGAGAUGAAGGAGAAUUGCUUGUCAAGUCUUCUCGAAUGUUCACACACUACCUCAAUGACGAAACAGCAACAAAGAAGGUGUUCGAUGAAGAUGGAUUCUACAGAACAGGAGAUCUCGUUCGACGCGACGGAGGCGUUUAUUUCUUUGAAGGGAGAGUAGACUCUGACUGGAUCAAUUUUCUUGACCGCAAGAUCUCUGUUUUGGAACUAGAAGAACACCUCAUGCGCCUUUCUUACAUAUCCGAGGCGCACGUUCUUCCUGUUCUUGACCACGAGACCAGAGGACUUCCUGCAGCACUUGUUCGUCUCAACUGUGGAAACUCAGAUAUCAAUCUGCAAAGAAUCCACGAUGACCUUUCUACAGGCUUGGAGCGUUAUAAACUGCCUGCGCUUCUAUGCAUCCUGAAAGCCGGAGAGGAAGUACCAAAAACGGCAUCUGAUAAAGUGCUCAAAGUCCAGGCAUUGGAAAGGUUCUUUGGUAUCCGUGGGUAUCGGCCUCGUGAAUACUGCGUCGAUGGGGUUGAGUAUCUCAAUACCUCUUACUCGAUCAAAUAA